AUGAACAGUGCACAAGCAGGGAUAUCUUUAUUUUUGCUACUUUUCACGUAUGUUUGUGGUCAAAUCACAGAGAUUCAAAGAGACACUAGAAUUUUUGCUUUUAAUGUGAAUUCAAAUCUUUCAUACGUUGGACAUGAAUUUCGCAAUCACCAAAUAUCUAAUUUCUCGACAAAGUUCUUCGCUACUCAAUGCGCGAUGGAGUGCCAUAGAACGCCUCGAUGCCAGUCUUUUAACUUUGCGUCAAAGACUCGUCAGUGUCAACUAAAUGAUGCCACACACGAUGAUUUUCCAGAUGACCUGGCUAAUGAUUCCAGUACGACUGGGGUUAUGUAUUACCUCAAAGACGCCAUAACAAUCAGUUCGGAUGCUGUCGGACCUUGUGGAAACCACCCUUGUAAGAACAGUGGGCGUUGCUUGGACACUAUAUCCUCCGUGACAGGAAAUAGAACCUUCUUCUGCUUGUGUCAGGAUGGCUGGAGGGGAGAUAUUUGCGAUAUUAAAGAGGACAGUCUGGGCUGGGCGCUAUGGGCUGAGUGGUCACCGUGCUCUACUUCUUGUGGAAAUGGUUACCAUAUCCGUCAGAGGAAAUGUAAAAACCUGGACAGUGGGGAAGAUCUUCCCUCAUCUCAGUGUUACGGACGGGAGACUGAAUACAAAGCAUGUCAAUUCAGGAAGUGUCCAAUGUGGGAUGACUGGGCUGCAUGGGGAGAGUGUUCCACCCUUAGUACUUGUGGUAGAGGCUCUCGUUCGCGCACACGCACGUGUGGAAAUGGUGGUAAACCUGGCGUUGAUAGAUAUUGUCUCGGGCCUGUGAACGAAACAAUGGCGUGUGAUGGAAUUCCUUGCAAUGGAAUGGUACGUCUGAGGAACGGUGUGAAGUUUGGAGAGGGUCGUGUAGAAAUGUUCGACAGUUUUUUCAAGAAAUGGCUACAAACAUGUGGAGAAAACUGGAAUCAGUUGGCAGCAGACACGGCGUGCAAACAAAGAGGUUUUCUCGGAGCCCACACUGCGUUGACUAAUGGCACAUACGACAAGGCCGAUGAUUUGGACGUUGUGACACUGAAGUGUUUUGGAAAUGAAUCUUUUCUCCAUCAAUGUCAGCGAGUGAAAACCAACCAGUGCUCUGUCAUCGCUGGAGUUCAGUGCAUGGUACGUGGAGCUUGGAGUUUGUGGUCCUCUUGGGGAGACUGCUCUGUUACAUGUGAAAACGGAACUCGUACACGUACACGUGUGUGUAACCAUCCUCCCCCAAAUUUUGGAGGUCGUCAUUGUCCCGGUGACGACAUAGAGUACAAACCCUGCACGAUGAAGAUGUGCCCAGUGGAUGGCGUGUGGGAGAAGUGGUCGACUUGGUCAGAUUGCUCCGUAUCCUGUGCAAAUGGAACCAAAUAUCGAACACGAUCUUGCAUUGGACCAUACCACGAUGGGAAAAACUGUACCGGUGACUCAAUAGACACAACUUCUUGCUUUCCAAAAGAGUGUCCAGUGGAUGGGAUUUGGAAAGAAUGGGCGCAAUGGACCAAAUGUACGGUCACGUGUGGUUACGGAACGAGAAAUCGUUCGCGUUCCUGUGAGGGUCCAUUUUACAAUGGGAAGGAAUGUCAAGGACCAGAUGAUGAAUUGGAGGCCUGUAACGCAUUCUCUUGUCCAGUGGAUGGUUCGUGGAAAAUGUGGAGUGAGUGGGAUACUUGUUCAGUAAGUUGUGGAGGUGGAAUACAGAAUCGCACGCGAGAAUGUAAUACGCCACUGCAUGGUGGAACAGGAUGCACAGGGCCCUCCGAAGAAUCAAGAUCGUGCAAUGAAGAUCCAUGUCCGGUGGAUGGUGUGUGGACUGCCUGGGCGGAUUGGUCGAUCUGCUCCGUUACAUGUGCAAAUGGGACACAAUGGCGAAACAGAACGUGUGUGGGUCCUUUAUACGGUGGCAUGAAUUGCACGGGUGAAGAAAUUGAAGAAAGAAUAUGCGUCACCGCUUCAUGUCCAGUCAAUGGUGUUUGGAAAACCUGGUCUGAAUGGGAUCAGUGCAAUGUAACAUGUGGAGGAGGAGAAAAAGCUAGACGAAGAGGGUGUGAAGGUCCAUACUUUAAUGGUGAUCCAUGUAAAGGCCCCAAAGAAGAACGCCAAUCAUGCAAUACCUUUAACUGUCCAAUUGAUGGCAUUUGGGAGGCUUGGAGUAAUUGGACAGAAUGUACACGUUCGUGUGGCGGAGGUGAACAAACCAGAACACGGAAUUGUGUCGGCCCUUUCUACAAUGGAACCAACUGCCAGGGAGAUUGGAAUCAAACAAAAACAUGCAACACACACUCUUGUGCAGUCGAUGGUUUCUGGCACGAAUGGUCGAAUUGGACAUUCUGUAACGUCUCUUGCGGAGGUGGAUCAAUUUGGCGCAGACGCCGUUGUGAACAACCCUUGUUCGGUGGCAACAAUUGUACUGGAGACUCUUUAGAAGUACAAAAUUGCAACACUUUCCCUUGUCCAGUGGAUGGCGUGUUUAAUACUUGGUCCAACUGGUCGGACUGCACAUUGACUUGUGGGAAUGGUACGCAGUACAGAAAUCGAUCGUGCGAGGGUCCAUACUUCGGAGGAGAGAGCUGCACUGGUGACUGGAACCAAGUUAGAGAUUGCAACACACUACCUUGUCCUGUUGACGGAUUUUGGCAGAGUUGGUCGAAUUGGUCAGACUGUUCUCAAUCUUGUGGACGAGGUUCAAUGGUUCGUACACGAAUAUGUGAAGAACCAAGACAUGGCGGCGCAAACUGCGCUGGUUCAUCCAAUGAAACUAAGUCAUGUAAUCCGUCCAACUGUCCUGUGGAUGGUAUAUGGAAAUCUUGGCAAGAAUGGUCGCAUUGUGACGUAUCUUGCGGAUUGGGUACACAGUAUAGGAACCGUACAUGUAACGGACCAUACAAUGGCGGAAAGAACUGCACAGGAGAAGACGAAGAAAGUCAAGAAUGCUUUCCUAAAGAAUGUCCAGUGGAUGGACUAUUUACUGAGUGGACAACGUGGACAAAUUGUCCCGUUUCAUGUGGUGGUUCUUGGAGAAACAGGAGUCGAAGUUGUGUUGGUCCUUUCUUCGGUGGCAAGGCCUGUGAAGGUCCGCGUGAUGAAACUAUGAUUUGCGGCAGCAUGCCAUGCCCAGUUGACGGCGAAUGGAGUUUAUGGUCCUCUUGGGGCACAUGUACAGUGUCAUGUGGGACAGGGCAGUCCCAGAGAUACCGCUACUGCACAGACAACAAGUUUGGUGGGAAAAAUUGUACUGGGAAAUCCUUACAAUACAAGAAUUGCAACAACUUUUCAUGUCCGAUUGACGGCGUUUUCACAUCAUGGUCGAACUGGACAGAAUGCAGUAAGUCUUGUGGAACGGGGGGACAAACUAGAAACCGCUCCUGUGAUGGCCCGUAUCACGGUGGGGAUGAUUGUAUGGGAAACCUCACUGAAACUCAAGAAUGUAACACACAAAACUGUCCAGUGGACGGUGUUUUCAUGGAGUGGUCUGAUUGGACAGAAUGUUCACUAUCUUGUGGCUCAGGAGAACAAAGUAGAACGAGAUCUUGUGCUGGACCUUUCUAUGGCGGUCGUAAUUGUAAUGGAAACUUCCAAGAGAACAGGACAUGUAAUGAACAUAAUUGCCCAGUUGAUGGAGUAUGGAAGCCUUGGGGCUCUUGGCAAGAAUGUGACGUAAGUUGUGGAGGCGGAAAUCAGUCACGUGUGCGCACAUGUUUAGGACCUUUCCACGGAGGUGCUCCCUGUAAUGCUUCUGGGAGUGACACACAAGAAUGUAAUACAUUUCCAUGUCCAGUGGAUGGCCUCUGGCUUUCAUGGGGUGCUUGGGGCACAUGUAAUACCACAUGUGGAGGCGGAACACGCCUUCGUAACCGAACCUGCGAUGGACCUUUCUUUGGUGGUAAACCAUGCGAGGGUGAUGAACAAGAUUCAAGCAGUUGCAACGAGUUUCCCUGCCCUAUCGAUGGCGUUUGGAAUCUCUGGUCAGUGUGGGAUAACUGUAGCGAGAUUUGUGGUGGGGGAAAUCAGUCUCGAUAUCGUACCUGUGACGGUCCUUUUCACGGUGGACUGAAUUGUUCCGGUAAUGAUACCCAAACCAGAGACUGCAAUACACAUCACUGUCCCGUGGAUGGAGUGUUCGGCAACUGGUCACAGUGGUAUGACUGUAGUGUAACGUGUGGAGGAGGGAUCCAGUGGAAAAACAGAUCUUGCAUUGGACCCUUCUACGGUGGAGAAGACUGCUCGGGAGCUUUCGAAGAAUCGACGACCUGUAACACGCAUCCUUGUCCAAUUGACGGGAAGUGGAUGUCAUGGGGUGAAUGGGAAUCGUGCAAUGUCACUUGUGGCGGAGGAAUACAACGGAGAGAAAGGGAAUGUGAUGGACCGUAUCACGGAGGAGCAAACUGUACAGGACCAGAAGACGACUACCAGGAAUGCAAUACUAAUCCAUGCCCGGUUGAUGGGGUUUGGAAAAGUUGGACUGACUGGGCAUUGUGUAGUUUGUCUUGUGGUGGAGGGAAACAGGCUCGCUUCAGAGACUGUCACGGCCCAUUUUAUGGUGGGGCGAACUGCACAGGACCGAGUGAAGAAAUUCAAGAUUGCAAUACACACCCAUGCCCUGUGGACGGCGUGUUUAAGGCAUGGUCAGUUUGGGGAAAUUGUAACGUCACCUGUGGGGGUGGGUCUCAACAGCGAAGUCGUACAUGUGAUGGUCCUUUUCAUGGAGGUAAAAACUGUUCUGGAGCUUGGAAAGAGACCCAGGAAUGCAACACGCAAAACUGUCCAGAGGACGGUGUGUGGGUGACAUGGUCCGUAUGGGGAGAUUGUUCCGUUACAUGCGGUGGAGGGCUUCAGUAUAGAAACAGAACAUGCGAUGGACCACGAUACGGAGGUGCGGAUUGUGAAGGCGUGGACGAGCAACAAAGAGAGUGUGGAACGGAUCCUUGCCCAAUUCCUGGAGAUUGGAUGACGUGGUCAGGCUGGUCAUUGUGCAGUACCACCUGUGGAACAGGAAUAAGAUGGCGAACACGAGAAUGUAACACGACUUCCUACGGAGAUCUCACGGCACCAUGCGAAGGAACAAACAACGGCACGGAGGACUGUAACACAUUCCCGUGCAGGCCUUUUGCCGCCACAUGCAGCCAGCUACGUGACUGGGGAAUGGUAGACAGUGGUAUGGUUCAACUUAAACCUGAACGAAAAGACAAGUGGUCCCUAAAACCUGAACUAGAACCAGUGUGGCUGCACUGCGACAUGGAAUUAGAGGGCGGAGUAGGCGUCACAAUAAUAAAACAUGACCGAGAAGAGCGGACCAGAGUAUUUGGAUAUGAAGGAGCCGGAAGUUACGUUGCUAUUGUGAAUUACAAUAUAUCUACUGAUCAUGUGAUUGCCAUUAUUGAUGCAUCCAAGAACUGUAAACAAUAUCUGAAAUGGGAAUGCAUGGGCGCUGUUAUUCAUAAUCCUCAUCAAAUGGAUUCAUGGACAACCUUUUGGACAAAUCGAAGUAGCGAUUUCAAUAAUUACGUAACACCAGCUUCAUACUUUGCCGGAGGAAGACCAGGUACCGGAAAUUGUGCAUGCGGUGAAACCGGAACGUGUGCAAAUAAGUCUUUGCCGUGUAAUUGUGAUAGCAACGACUUUGAAUGGCGAUCGGACGAAGGGUACAUAACACAUAAGGACGACUUGCCAAUCUUGGCUUUUCGCGCAGGCGACACAGGAAAUGAACCUGUGGAACAGGGAGCGCAUACAAUAGGGCGUGUUUAUUGCCAGGGCGUGGCUUAG